ACACGUCUCAAAAAAACGUACAAGGAAAUAUUUAAAACACUAUUUUUAGGCGAAAUUCAAGGUUUUCUAUAUCUCUUCCAAAAUGGUUGUCAUCCGGGGCAUGUAUGAGACCUCAGAGCUGUUUGCCUCAACUAUCGGGUGUGUGGGCCUACACCUGGCCAGUAUUAAUGUGUUGCCGAUGCGAUACCUCCCCGACCUGCCUUCAGCCUUGUGUCUCUUCUCCACCGUUGUGCUCCUCAAUUAUUGGCGAGUGCAAGCCCUAGUACCCUUGCAGCAGCUUUGGCAGUUUUUGCUCGAAAUGGUAGCCAUUUAUAUAAGCUGUCAGAUUGGCAUGUUUAUAUUUUGGGACCAGUUUUGUAUUGGAAUCGAAUGUAUACGUGAUUAUGUUUUAUCGACGAAAUCGGCCGUCCAUCUCAUGAAGAACAUGCCAAGAUUGUUUUUCUGCAUCAGGCAGGAUCUGUUCUAUAUUUUAAAGCUGGCCAUUGUGUCCCUUUUCACAUAUAAGGCUUUGAUGUUUACCCAAGCACUGGACUACAUUAUGCCGUGGCGCCGUACAUAUCACUACUUCUCAAGCUCACCCGAUAACAGGAAGAGCACUACACUUGUAAAACGAAGUGGAAGGCGGCGUCGAGAUGGAAGCUUCACAUUAUCAGAUUUGCCCAUAAUACCUCACCAAGAUCUAUCGCAUUUUGUCGAUUAUAGCAAUGGCAAAGAUAAGAUUACAUCACAUCAUCACCGCCAUAUUAUCGGGUGAUUGGACAGGACUCGGCUCUGAAUACUGGAGUGAAUUACUGUGGCUACACUUUGAAGUAGCCGGUAGCCCAAAAUACAUAUUUAUGUUUUUAUAAGUACUGUAAACAAACCAUUAUAUUAGAAAAUAUUAUUUCAGGCCUGUGCUCGUAUAAUAUAUAUAGUACAAAAAGCAA